AUGAGGAACACGUGGACACGUGGAACUGUAGAAGAAGUGUUUCUGGGUAAAGACGGUAGAGUUCGCCAAGCUUUGGUGCGUACAGCAACCGGUGUGCUACGUAGACCAGCGGUGAAACUAGCCGUGCUGGACAUCUUGGAGGCAACUGGAAGCCGAGGUACAAUCAAUUUUAAUGUCAAGCUACUCGAUAUACUGGAUUAUGUAGGCGAUUCUGUCCGACCUAUUAGAGAGGGUUCUGCGGUAUAUGAUGCGAAGCAUAUUGUUUGCAUCGGAUAUACUAAUAAAACAGAUCACGAGACUCAGGUCAAAGGUUAUGUCACACAGUCUUCUCAUCCUGGCCAAAUGCCGCAUGAAGUUAGUUUGAACAUUACUCAUAAUGUUUCUGGAUGGGUCCUGUGUUGCUCAUGCAAAGCUGGAACAGGUCGUUGUAAACAUAUAGUUGCUUGUUUACUGCAUCUGAAUCGAUUUGAUCAAGUGGAAUAUCUCUCGUGUACUGAUACUAAGCAAGCUUGGGGAAUUUUGAAAGCUGAAAAAGGUACCCCAUGGGGGGCUAAAAAGCUGUCAGAACUUUGCUGUAUAAAAACACCUUCCCGGCUUGUUCCAGUUGAUACGAAACUCAAAAACCAGAUUAUUAAGGAAUCUUUCGAAAGGAUAAUUCAAGUGUCAAAAUCAUCGGCAGUUUUCAAGCAUAGAGCUGGGAGAGCAUAUAAUCAACCGGUAGUGCAUCCCAUCCGAGCAUUUCAAUCGAAUCCGUCUACGGCAGUGUAUUGCUCAAGAGAAGAGUUGACUCUUAUGCUUCGAAGGAUUCCUAAUGUGUCGCUGGAGAUUGUAGCUUUCACAACGGAAAAGGAAAAAGAAUAUUUCGCAACUAAUAUUCAAGUUGAUAUGGAUAGAGUGAUUGAUAUAGCUAUUGAUACGCAGGAUCAAAGGUCCAAUCUUUGGAAAGUCCAAAGAUCAUUUCGUAUCACUGGGAGCUCUUGCUACCAUCUAUACACGUAUUUGAAUAACGCCAACCCUAACUGGGGCAAGAAAGUUGCACAAUAUUGGAGCACGAGCAAUAUUAAAACUAGUGCCAUGAAAUAUGGCACAAGAACGGAGAGCAUUGCAUUUGAGUGCUAUAAACGUAAACGGAACCCGAUGAUAAAAAAAAAUGGUUUCAUAAUUAGACAGGAUGAACCAUGGUUUGGAGCUUCCCCCGAUGGAAUUGAUCCUUUCGGUGAUAUGAUUUUAGAAAUAAAGUGUCCAGUAGUGGGCGAACAAGGAGGAAUCCAAGAAAUAGAAGGCAGUGAUACGAUAAAAAAGUACGUGAAACGAUGCCCUGAAACUGGUUCAAAUGAAUAUGUGGGUAACAAACACAAAAUUUUGUGA